AUGGAUAUCAACCAGUUUAUAAGUCCUGCGGAUGAGGAGUAUACCGUGGAUCAACAAGAUGAGGAGGAUGAUGAUACUAUAGAGCCUCUCCCUCAGAUUUCACCUGCGGAUGCCUUAGAAAGCCUUUAUAGGCUACGCCUCUAUGAGGAGCAGCAGGUUGAUGCAGAUAAGGCUCUUAUAAAGAGUUUUAUGCAAUAUGAAAGGGUGAUUCUGAAGAGAAAGAUUGAAAGCCUGCGCCAGGGCGAUAUCCGACAGUUUUUUGGGUAG